AUGGCGAACGACGUUGAGCAGAAGAAUGGUGCAACGGCGGAUACAGCGACGACAAAACGCCGCAUUUUGCUCAAUGGCUUCGACAUGUUCACCGUCGGCCACUUGUCAUUUGGUCAAUGGAGGGCUCCAGGGGAUCGAUCUGCUACGAAAAGACGGGAUCUCACUUACUGGACUGACUUGGCCCGCUUGCUCGAGAAAGGCGACUUCAAUGCUUUGUUCCUCGCUGAUACGUACGGGCAGUACGAUGUCUAUAGAGGCAGUGCUGAGCCAUGCAUCCGCACUGCUGCACAAUUUCCGAUGGGUGAUCCUGCAGUUCCCAUCACCGCCAUGGCAGCAGUAACGAAGAAUCUGGGAUUCGCGAUUACGACAUCGACAUCGUACGAAGCACCAUACACCGUCGCAAAGCGAUUUUCGACACUUGAUCACCUCACUCAAGGUCGCUUUGGCUGGAACAUCGUCACUUCCUUCAAGGAGUCGGGCUCGAAAGCACUGGGCACAACUCCCAUUGAGCACGACAAACGCUACGAGGUCGCCGAGGAGUUUCUCACUGUCCUAUACAAGCUCUGGGAAGGUUCCUGGGCUGAUGAUGCGCUGCGUGAGGAUCGGGAGCACGAGAUUUAUGCCGACCCUAGUCGAAUCAGAACUGUCCAGCAUGACGGCGAGCAUUACAAGGUGGAAGCACCACACAUUCUCGACCCGAGUCCUCAACGCACACCUUUUCUGUUCCAAGCAGGCACCUCACCAGCCGGGAUAGCCUUCGGCGCCAAACAUAGCGAAGGCAUUUUUGUUUCUGCGUUAUCGCCUCACAUUCUGGCGCCUCGAGUCGCGAAACUACGUGCUGCGGCGGCCUCUGCUGGUCGAGACCCACGUGCGCUAAAAGUCUUUGCUGUUAUCACUCCAAUCAUAGGCCGCACGGAGCAAGAAGCAAAGGACAAGUACGAUGAAGCGCGAAAGUACACGAGCUAUGAAGCUGGCCUCACCUUUUGGUCCGGUAACGCAGGUAUCGACUUGAGCAAAUUCGACCUCGACACAGAAAUCUCUGCCUUUGAUGUGGGCACAGAUCAUCGCGUACAAUCUCUCGUGGCGUCUCUAUCGUAUCAUGGAAGCGAUCUGCCACGUGGACGCCACGAAACAUCGGCAAGCAGAUUUCCCUGGGUGGCAAUGGACCAGUGCCGGUAG